GGGAAAGCGCACCUCAAACAAAGAAAGUAAACAUCACCGCCUUCCCCGCAAGGAAUCGCCAUUUUAUACUUUUUACGCGUUUUCAACCUUAAAUGCGAUUUUCAUUGCUGGCCACUAAAAGUCUCAUAUAUCAUUAAUUUUUUAAAACUCGAGCGAUUGAUAGUUUUCCCCAAGUCGCACUGCCGUAGACGGCACCCCCCGUUACUAUGCCUGCGAAAGCACAGUCGCAGCGGCGCAUGACACAGUCGCAAAAUGAACAGGUCUUUGAUGUUGGUGUUGUUGGAAGAAAAACGGGCCUCACACUAGCGGAGCGCGAGCGCGAUGCACAUGGCUUCGAAGCUGUUGACUCCCUUUUCUCUUCGCCUGAAAAGGAUGUUAACAAUGUCAGCGUUAAUGGCGCCAGUGGAAGGCAUAAUGCUGAAUCGGACGAGGAGCAAGAAAUGGAAAUAGACGACGAAUCUCAAAUGGGACCAGCUACUAUCAUGAAACAGCGACAGUCUCGUCCAUCGCUGCCGCGCGCUCGAUCCCCUAUCAAGACGCAUCUACAGUCUCCAGCGCGCCAAAAUCCGCAUCUCGGUAUUACUUCAUCACCUGCUCGCGGUUCCAUUAUACCCGCGCGCGAACCUAACCCCCCUAAAUCUGUAAAUCGCAAGCUGGAUUUUUCUAAACGCUCUUCAAAUAAGACAAGCCUUCCGCAACCGAGAGUGAACGGGCCGAAACCCAGGAAUGGGAAGCUCACUAACGGUCAUGCUCAUUCCAACGAUUCCGGCGACGAUGACGAAGAAGUUAUUCCGCAAGGCAGACGAAAACAACCACGUGAAGAAGAGAUCCAAGAAGAAGAGGAGCCAGAGGAACCAGAGGAACCAAUGGACGUUCUUGAUGCUGGUAUUGACGAGGUAGAAUACGUGGCUGAGGAGCAAGACGAACCCCCUAUAGAGCCUGAACCAGAAAUUGAGGAAGAAGAGGAAGAACCUAUCCCGCAACCAAAAUCACCCGAACAACCUAAAAAGCGCAGAGGUCGUAAGCCAAAAUCACCCGUUGCCCAAGAAGAAGAAGGAGGGCCGUCGGUCCCAAAAGCAGCACCUGCACGAACGGAAGAAGUCGAUGAUGUACCCGCUAAAAAGAAGCAACGAGGACGGCCAGCAAAGGCUUCAUCACCUGUCGAAGAACAUGAGCCUCCAAAGAAGACCCAGAAGCGAAGACCAGGAAGGCAGUCUGGAAGUAGUGUUGAGGAGGAACAAGAGCACGAGGUGGAGGACAAUGCCAACGAAAGAAAGGCAAAGCGCCAACGGGUUGUGGAAAAAGAGAGCAAGCCCCCCCCGUCGAAACCAACUGCGACAAAGGAAAAAGGGAAACCCGGUCGAAAGCGAAAAUCUUCUGGAAUUGGUGUCGAGGAGCCUGUCGUGCAGCGCGGUCCUCCCCUCCCUAAAGGUCGCGGCCUAGUUGCUCUACGUCGGGAAGACGAAGACAAUAUGCGGACUACACGGUCGGGCCGGCUCUCAUACCAGCCCCUACAAUGGUGGAAGGGGGAGCAUGUCGUGCGAGAGGGCGUAGAUGUGUUCGAAGACAAAGGUCAAAAGUUCGUAAUGCCCGUCGUCCAGGGCGUCGUGCGGACCGAGGAAACCGAAGACUUACCAACGAAGAAGCGCCGCGGCCGCCCCUCGAAACAGCGUGGCAGGCCCGGGCGCCGCGUAUCCGCAAUCCCCGAGGAAGAAGAGGUGGAGCGUGACGACUGGGAAUACGACCCGGGCCGCAUCGCGGGCGAGUGCCUUUACUGGAGGCCCGAGUACGAGACGGAGCCCGCGGACGAGGACCAGCUCGAAGUCGCGGAAGAAGAGCUAGCCAUCUCCGAAGCGGCCAUCCAGCUGAAAGAUAUCAAGGACGCGACGUUCCGGUUCGCCAAGACGCUUACGCUCCCGUUCUUCGGGUCAGGAAUCGUGGAUAUGCCGCCCGGCUCAGAGAAGCGUACUAAGAAUUCAAGGAAAAUGCAGAUGGUGUUUUUCGUGCAUAAGGGGAAUGUUGAUGUUACAGUGGCGCAGACGGAGUUUAGGAUUGGCAUGGGAGGGAUGUGGUUUGUGCCCAGAGGAAAUCACUACAGCAUCGCGAAUAACACCGACAGGCCCGCGCGCAUCUUCUUCGCUCAGGGCUGCGAAGUCUUGGUCCAGGGCGAGGCGGGAGAUGCCGAGGAGACGCAGGUGGGCUGAUCUAGCCUCUCGUAAUAUUUAAUUCUCUUUCAGGUCGGGUAUGUAGGUUUAUUACGAAUCAGGAGAUAGAAAGGACGGACUGGCCGAAGAGAACUUAGCUUCAACCUCGGGGGGAUGGCACUGCAUUGUUGUUACUGUCGUCAUUACUACUACAUACUCUGCUUCCCCCCAUCACAUACUCGUUGCAUACCUACCUACUUUCCCUCCGCAGCAUUACAGCGUUGUUAGUCCCGUGCGUGUGCAUUGCAUUUCUUACGCCAGAGGCGUUUUCCCGCAAUGGUGAGAGGCGAGGUUUUUGGCAAUGGAGCUUCUUAGUUAGUUAGGUUCCCUAACCUAGCUACCUAGCUACGUACCUAGUUAUUAGAAGAGCCCGGGUCGUUAUAGACUCGGGUCCUGCUGCUGCGUCUGUGAUACCA